AUGGGUGCGACCACGGCCCGGCCACGGCGCGGGCAUCGUUCCAAACCCGAACCAGAGCGGGCCCCAGCGGCUGGCCCCUCCCCUUCGGUACAAUCCAGCAACGGCCGUGCUACCGGCUGGACUUCACACCUGCCGCCGUCCUGGGUGCCCUAUGUGGAGCUGGCGCGCCUCACCAUGCCGGCCGCCCUGUUUCUAAUCUACCUCCCCACCCUGUUUGGCGUCGUCCUCGCCGCCGUCCUCGCCCGCCGUGGCAGUGGCAGCGGGAACGCUGACGGUGGGUUCGAUUUCCCCAAUCCCUGGUGGUACACCUGUCUGCUUUUGUUCGUGGCCUCCUUCUUCUUCUCCAACGCCGCGCACGCGUGGAACGACCUGAUCGACGCCCCCUUCGACGCUCUCGUGUCCAGGACGGCCCGGCGUCCAAUCCCGCGCGGCGCCAUUUCCCGUCCGGCAGCUGUGGCUUUCGCCGCAGCCAACGCCACCAUCACCGGCGCUGCGCUCCUGGGCUUCCCCGACCCGGCCGGCGCGUUCCGCUACGCCCUGCCCAACAUCAUUGCCACCAUCUACUACCCCUACGCCAAGCGCCACACCAACCUCCCACAGCUCGUCCUCGGCUUCUGCCUCGCCUGGGGCAUCGUCAUGGGCGCCGUCGCCGUCGGCUGCGAGCCCUUCGCCCUCAGCAACACCAUCCGCCUACACCCCCGCCCCCCAAACCUACCACACGUCUUCUCGCCACACCUCCAUCACACCCAUGAUCACCCCCUUUCCACCACCACUACCACCACCACCCCAACCUUCCCAUCCAUCCCAUCCAUCCCAUCCAUCCCAUCCAUCCCCACCACGCUCACCCUCGGCCCCCUCACCCUCUCAACCCCCUUCCUAACCCUCUUCACCGCCAGCGCCCUCUGGUCCGCCAUCUACGACACCAUCUACGCCGCCGACGACCUGGCCGGCGACACCCGCCUCGGGCUCGGCAGCCUGGUGGUGCUGUGCGGGGGCCACCCGGGGCGUACCAAGACCGCGAUGGGGGGGCUGUUGGUGCUGUUUGCGGGGUGUCUUGUGUUGUGUGGGUUGAGCCUUCCGGUUGGGGGGGCGGGUUGGGGGUUUUAUGUCCUCGCGCCGGGGGGGUGUACGGUUUCGCUGGGGGUGAUGGUGGCGAGGGUGGAUUUGGGGGAUGCGAGGAUCCUCCAGGGCACCGAUUGCCCCGUAUGA